AUGACCGAGACUCAGAAGCUGCCCGUCUUCUCGUCACCUGGCUUUCUCGACUAUCCUCAUCGGCGACUACCUCCGCCUGUCCAGCUUAAGCCGUUGGAAAUCCCGCUCGAUGCUGUACCACCACGGUCGGAUUACCCGUUCCGCUCGCCCAUCAACCAACUGCCAUCCAUCCAGCCCGGACCUCCUCGACAUGACCAACACCAACACCAGCCGUCAUCGCUCUCUAGACCACCAGCAGCACCAGUCGAGAAGCUGUUGCACUCCAACCCUUACACUCCUCCAAGAUCGGACCCGCCCUACUCUCCUCAGCAAUACGGUCCAUCAAUAUCACCCCGCUCCGAGUUCGACAGCAGAGGGCCAAGGAGACUGACCGAGCAGCGCUACCCUUACGAAGAUUCUCGGCCCGUCCACCACCCUCCGCAUCACGAGCAGUCAUACUCGUCCCUUGCAUCUCCGGUGGAACCUUCGCAGCAGCGGGGAUACGCUCCAAUUCCGUCACCGGGCUACACACCGAGUUAUGCAUCGAGCAACACUCCAUUCCGGGGAUCCGUGGGCUCGCGCUCGCACUCACACCGGGGCUCUGUACCUAACUCCUUGGGACCCUUAACGUACCCCGAGCCUCCGACCGCUGGCCCUCCUCCCCGGCAGGAGCCUCGGGCUGUCCCUCUCCCUGGGUCCGUACCGCAGCCUGUCUACAACGAGCAACUGAAUCUUAACUAUGAGCUCCGCGUGCGACAACAGCCUAUCGCAGCGCGCGCAUGCGGCUUCGGCGAAAGAGACCGCCGAGUGAUCGAUCCCCCACCAAUCAUCCAACUCCUAGUCACCGACCCCAAGACCGGCGUUGCAGAGCAGGAAGAGCUGCGGUACUCGCUGAAUGUUGUGCAUUGCACCCUAUGGAAUGCGGAGGGCACCAGCGAGGAGACGGCGCUCAUCCAGCCUGAUCGACGGACGACGCGGAGGCUUAUGGGUCAGCUGGUGGCAUCGCCCUCAGUGGCCAAGGACGAACAUGACGUCGAGGGUUGCUUUUUCUGUUUCCCCGAUCUCUCGUGCCGCACCCACGGCAGAUACCGCCUCCGGUUCAUUCUGAUGCGCAUCGACCCGAUGAACCUCCACGUUGGCGGCUUCUCACCAAUCCUGACGGAAGUGCUGAGCGAGGUGUUCACGGUGUACACAGCCAAGGACUUCCCUGGCAUGCGGCCAAGUAGUGCUCUCACCCGCGCACUAAAGCUACAAGGAUGUAAUAUUCAAGUUAAGAAGGGCAACGAGAAGGCUUUGGCCCGCAAAAGGCUUACGGCAAGCCAAGAUCACGAUGACGGCGGCGACGACGACGAAGCAAAACGACGGCGCAAGGACUAA